GUUUUUCAACGGCGUGCCGAAGAUCUCGAGGCCGUCCGAUGGUGUCGAAGAAGAGGUUCCAGUUCCAGAAGUCCGCCGUGGCCGACAUACACGCGUCCAAAGAGGACAUUCCAAUUCUGUCUGCACCGUGGCAUUCCUCUUGGAUAUUCGACUGGCCCGGCGUCGACAUCCACUACCACGGGGAUGGGUCAGCUAACCCCAACUUUUUCAGACGGCGAGCUCUGGCGGACCGCGAGGAACACAACUUUCUUCCUCGACUGAAGACGAUCAAUAAUCCAAGGAAGCAGUACAAGGACAUCAUUUACAUCCUGCUCAACAUGAGAUGGGUGCCGUUUGGCAUCCUCUACGCUGUGGUGUACUUUGCCAUGUGUGCCGUCUUUGCUCUACUCCUGACGGCGUGCGACGACUUCGGCGACUACAGCGACUUUCGAAGCAACUUUGACCUGAGUUUCCAGACCAUGGCCACGAUUGGGUUUGGCGUGUUGUUUCCCAAAUCGAGAUGCAGCAACUAUGUCAUCACGGUAGAAGCUAUUGUGUCGUUGCUGCUCACGGCCGCGUUGUCCGGUCUCGUCUUUGCCAAGUUUGCCAAACCCAAGGCGAAGAUGGCGUUUUCUGUCGUAUGUUGCGUGCAACCGUACGGUAAAGAUAAACUCGCGCUCGUGUUCCGCGUGGCUAACGCGACACGAAGCACGGACGUGACGACGGAUGUUGUCAUGGAUGCCACUUUCAACCUCCACUUGAUGCGCAUUGAAAAGUCGCUCGGUGCGGCGGGCAAGCUCGUCAUGCGGCAAUAUCCGCUCAAGCUGUUGCAGUCCAACUUCAUCUCGUUUCGCAUGGCCGUGGCACUCGUGCACGUAAUCGACGCCGAGAGUCCGCUGCAUGGGUUGACGGAAGACACGCUCAAAAUGUCCGAGAUGAUUUUCCAACUGUCCAUGACCGGUGUCGACUCGACACUGCAAGACACAGUCAUCGAACGCCGCAUGUACACGAUCGACAUGGUCCAGUGGGGCCAAAAAUUUGCCGAGAUGCUGCACUUUGACGAAACAACGAUGGUGGUGUCGGUGGAUUUUGCAAAGCUCAGUCAAAUCGUGCCUGCGCCUAUCGUGGUAGCCAAGGUGCGGAACCACCGAGGCGAAGGACACCACAACUCGGCACCUACCACGCGGCCGGGACUUUGUCACGCACACACAACGGACCAGUUGUGCAAGCCGACGCCAAAAAUGACAUGGUCGUCGUCACAACGAGCAAUUCGAGUCAAAGAAGGAGAUGUGUCAACACCCACAGGCAACAUGGAACCGCUGUUUGAACCGUUGCUGCAGCCGUCUGUGGGGACGCAGCGGAUAUUGCGAAAACGGCGACCGUCCAGCAGCAUGGGCGGUCUCACGGCGGACCAACUGGUGCAUUUGCAUCAACAACUAGCUGGCGACGUCAUGCUGCCUGUGUCAAUACCCCCGUCAGGAGAUGUCCACGAUCUCCUUCGACAGAGCGACGACUAUGCGCUCGAGCGAGCGGAAGACCGGUUGCUGAGUCGGUCCAUGAGCGCAGGCAGCGAUCGCUCGAUUGAGAUUACCAACACGCCGCGCUUUGUCCGCGUCCACGCAAAGAACGUGCCCGUGUCGUACUCGUUCUUGAGUUUCUACUACACUGCGCUCCACAUGAAGUGGCCGCGCAUUCUGUUGAUGAUCCUUGGCUCGUCGGUGGUGGUGAAUGUGGCGUUUGGGCUGCUCUACUACAUGAACUAUGACCAACUGGUUGUACACCCGGACGUGGCGAACGGAAGCCAUCCGUUUGAAAUCGCGGUCUACAUGAGUUUUCACACGUGGGCGACGAUUGGAUAUGGUACUGUCGCCCCCAGCCCCGACCACUACAUCAACAACGUGUGGGUGGCAGUCGAGUCGGUGUUGAGCCUCGUAUUUAUCACUAUAUUUACAGGCAUUGCAUGGUCCAAGUUUGCCCGGCCCCGCGCGCACAUUCACUUUUCGGAAAAGAUCGUGCUUUCCACGUACCACGGCCACCGAUGCCUGCUCCUUCGGGCCGCCAACACCCGGCACCACGGCGACAUUCGGGAAAGCCAUUUUCGACUCGGCGUGGUGCUGACCAACUUGAAGACUGGGUUGCGGCAGAUGCAGGAUGUUCCGCUGGUGAUAUCCCAGUGGCCGUCGAUUUUGCUCCCCGUCACGUUGGUGCACGUCAUUGAUGAAAACUCUCCGUUUUUUCAAUUCCAAACGCCCGACGACUUGUCGGCGUACCGUGUGUCCGUCAUCGCGCUGUUUACAGGACUCGACAGCACGUUUGCCGAAAACGUGUACGCUCGAAAGAUGUACUUUUGGGACAACUUUGUCAUGAGCAAGCACUUCGAAAACACCGUCGAUUUUACCCCCGACUCGGUCACGAUCGACUACAACAAGUUCGACACGCUCGUCGACGACGAUGUCCCGUUUCACUUGCAUGUGUAGGUUGGUCGGAAUUCCCCAGUCUGUAAUGUACAAUAAAGUUGACGUGUAGUGACGAGGCGCAGGACGUGCUGCUGCCCAUGUCCGUCCACCUGCACAGGGGCGGCAACCGUCCACACUGUGUUACGCGGACGGAUUCGGCAACCGUCCAUUGUCGUAGGAACCUUUUGCCCUGGUCCAUGUUCCUGCAAAGAGGCAAAGAGGAGGCACGGAUGCAACUGGCAUGACUUGAAAUAGUGUCUUGGCGCGACAACGCAUCGCGUGAGCUCGCGCCAGUGCCGACGGCGUUGAGAUGACAACAUAACGCGGACUUUCAAGGUAUAUUUCACACAUCCCGGAACAAUCGAACGGGACACAACUUCGUCGAUCGAAGGUGUUGGACUCAAGAAGGGCGUUCUGUUGUAUUCAAAGCGACAGAUACAUGAUGUCAAGAGGGUGCCCGAAGCGUCGUCUUUGUUUGUCAUUAUAUAAACUUUCACUACCAACGGGAAAAGCCACCACGUCCGCCGCCAC